ACACUUAAAGUUGUCAAAAGAUUUUUUACCGAACUAAAUUCUAAGGAAGGGGUGUAAAAUAUAAUGCUGUUUUUUUUUAUAAAUACGAGAAUUUAAAGUUAUAGAUUUGUAAACUUCUUAUGGAAAGGUUGUAAAAAAGUAUUUUAUAUUUCAUAUUUUCAAAUAAUUUUUCACGGCAAUGGCAUUAUUUGAUUCAAGAAUUGAACAUGGUCAAGGAAAAACAGUAACUACCAUUUUAACAGAAGAUGGGUGCUAUUAUCCAGUUGUUCAUGAACCGUACAGUCAUCGGGCUUAUUAUGGACAACCUCGUUGCCUUUCAGCUCCUGUUAAAAGACUAAGGGGUGAAAGACAGAUGCAUCGUACAACACUGACUAUUGCCAAGCCCCCUUGGUCACCAGAUUACGUGACAACAAGUAAUCAGGUAGGCUUUCUAAUUCCUAUUCAAGCUAUGGCUUAUAAAUUCAUUCUAGUAUCUAGUCAGCGUAAAUUUUUACUUAUUAAACUCCAUCAUUUUUUCAAUAAAAGCUUAUUAAUUAGUUGUUGAAUUCAUGUAACACGCUGUAGCCUGUAGCUAUUAAGAGCUAUUGAGUGUUUCGGCCUAGGGGCAUCAAAACUUCCUAAUACAAAAACAUUGAGCCUACUGUGUCACUAUCUGUACAAUACUUAAACAGCCUAGCAUUAAAUAGAAUUUACUUUUAAAAGCCCUGCAAGUUGAUGAGAGUAAAUGUUUUGACAUCAUCCCAAUCGGCAAGUUAGAAUGGCAUAGGCCCUAUAGUUUAGAGUUUAGCUCUAUUUUAGGUCAUUUGCCUGUCAUAUUCCUACUCUAGUUUAUAUUUCUACUCUCCAUUACUUAUUUAUAAUAUUACAUUAAAAUGCAAGCAAUAAAUUAAUCUAUUAAAUAUUCAUAUGUAAUCAUUCUCUGACAUUCUCUCUAAAAUAGUACUUCAGUGGUAGUAAGUUCCUGGAGCCUGCCCAACGUCCGCACCCAUGUCCAUCAAUGCACAGGUCACAGGUCAAGUUUGGCACAGAAGAGGGGCCUGACCAAUUUUUGUCUGAGAGCAUGGUUAAAUACCAGUCUAAAAAUAUCAUACCAGUAGGUGUAUAAUUGUCUUGCCUUUUAUAGGUGUAACUAUUUUAAAAAUUGCUUUAGGGGAAAUAUAGCUGUUUGUUUACUUUAUGCAUGUUAUUAUUAUUUUAUUAUUCCACUAUGCAGACUUGUUUCCCAUAUUUAUCCUAAACUUUAUCCACUGGCACAAUGGAGGUAGCUAAUAUUCACUGUCACACUGUAUUUAGUUUAGCACCCUGGGGGUAUGAAUUUGGUCCCAUCUUAUUUUUACCCCUGGAUUCUAUAGAGACAAAUUUGUGUAGUCCAAAUAUUUUUACAAAAUGAAUGGCAAAUAAUACUUUUGUCAUUUAAGAAAAUCAUUAUAUUACUAACAUCUACAGGUGUCUUUGUUUAAAUACAAAGGUGCCAGUAAUAUCACUUUGGGCUGUGGUGGAAGAAGCAGAAAUGAAAGGGGCGGGAUCUGGGGAGGAGUGCAAACCCUCCCCAGAAAAAUUUUGAAAAAUUUAAAAUUAAGGAAUGCAUUUUGGCAAAUACCUGAGUUCAGUUUUCCAUCAACAGAGAAGCAGAAAAGAUGCUUGAAAAUUUAGGUUUCUCUUAACCUGGGUGCUUUUAUAGUAUUAUAUAAAUCCCUUUUUUUUAUUGUUACCUAAUAGUAAUGUUGUUUAAUAAUUUUAUUUUAACUUUGUAUUUCUUUUAACUACUUCAUUAAUAAAUGAAUAUUAAAAUAAUGCAGUCCAAAAUGUGCCGGUACGCCAUGCCAGCAUGUACCAUCACAAAAAGUAAUGAUAUCAUAAUACAUAUUGAACAUUUUUUUUAAAAAUUAAUAAAUAGGCUACCUUUUUCUUUUAUUAGAAAUUUAAAUAUUACCAAAUCUUACUAGAAUAAGUACUGUGUUAUAGAUUUUGUCUAUAGAUUCUUAUGACUACUUAAAACAGGUAAUUUUGUUUUUACUGAAGGCUUGAUUAUAUUUAGAAGAUGAAUUACAAAUCAAUUAACUAGUGGCAUGGGUAGGAGGUGUGGAGGAGGCGGUUCGCUGGCACUCUUUUCCUUAUAUUGAGGGUCGGCAUUAUCAUUCAACUACAGAGGUUUUUCUGUGGGGGUGGGCAUUAAAAAACUUGAUCAGCCCCGGUGGCACAAAUCUUAGCUACGCCACUGCCAUGAACAUAUGGCACCUUUGUUAAAAUUCAUUCAUAUACUGUAAGGCAUAUUUAUUUACAAAUCUCUAGAUUUUAAAACAUUGAUGAUUUUUUAAAUAAUAUCUUUGUUUAAAUAAGUAUUAAAAAAUUAUAAAGGGAAGAGAUUGGAAAAUCGUUGAACUAGUUCUUAAAAACUGUUUUUUUCAACUUCCUAUUUGAUUCUAUUAUUGUUUUAUUUUUACAUUAAUGCUUGCAAGGUCAUAUUUUCUUAUUAUGCUGAAAUUAAAAAGAGAAAAGCAGUUAAUAAAUUAAUAUAGGCCCUCUAUGUGCAUUUAAAAUUUCUUUUUACUCACUGAUAUCUAGUAAACUAUGUCACAAAAGUAACAAAUGUCAAGAAAAUACAAAAAAUUUUGAGUUAAAAAUUAUUGAUUAAUUUAAGCGAGCACCGUUAAUAUGCAAAUGAUGUACCUUAAUUUGUUAAAAAAUGAAGUGAAUUCUUUUUAAAUUUUAAUUUUUAACUAGCUUAACACUCAUAAAAUCAACUAAAUUUAAAAUAAUGCCAUUAUUUUUACAGAAAGAUGAUGUAGUUAUAGUUUACAGCUCACUCUAUUUUAAAGGCUGAUCGCAUUUUUAUUAAGAUUAUUAUUUUUAAACACAUUAUCAAUGUUUUAUAAUUAAGAUAGAUACAAUUCGUUUAUUGAUCCCAGCUCAAUGGAAAUGCGUUUUAAUUACAUUUUACAUAUUCAUUUUCAGCACAGGUAUAAAUAUUUUUAGCAAGGACUAUGUUAAAAUAUUAGAAUUAUAGGCAUUUAUAUCUUUGGGAAGGUAGGUUCAAUGAAAAGGAUUUCAAAUAAUUGGAAUCAAAUACUAUAUCUAGAUUUGCCUUUAAUAUUCAGAUUAUCAAAUGUAACGAAAGCCUUGAUAUUUGGUUGCAGUAUUUCACUAAUUUUAAUAGGUUACAGCUAGGCCUACCAUUUAGAACUCUUUUUAUAAUUUGAAUUAAAAAUUUAGAUUUUUUUUAGUAGGCCUAUAGUUUUACGUUAUUGUUGCACUCAUUUAUUCUCUGGGGUAGCACUUGAUUUCCCUUGGGGGGCAGUGCCAUCCCCCCCCCCCUUUUCAGAGAUGCAUGAAAGCAACACUGCUUAUGUGGGUGUCUGGACACUUAUAUUAAUUGUCCCUGAAGGUAGCAAAUACCAACUGUGACAAUGCAGGUAACCACCGUGAGGCUCCAUUGAAUUAAAUUAUAAAAUAACAGAUGUGUUUUGAUUUUCAUACUAAUUUGCCUUCAUAAUGUUUAAGGGGAAUAAAUAAUUUCUUAUAAUAUCACUACAGCCCUCAAUAAUCUCACCCCAAACCUAUUGUUUGGAUAUUCCUAACAGGCAGGUCAACUGCACUUACUGUCUUUAACCAACAAAGUUAAUCAGAUCGAAGGAGCAAAGGUCAAAGAAGUGGUGAAACCAGAUGAAGGGCCAUACAGCUAUUGGUCACAAUACAACAGAAUGCAUAACAAAUUAGGAGUACUAAGGGGUCCUGGGGUUGGACGAGAGUACCCUGUCCGACAACAGUAUAAUAUCAUAACAGGUACUGUUUAAUAGCUACUUGAAAAAAUAAAUCGUAAAAACACUCAGAUUAAUUUGAAGUACUUGAGCCUAUAGAAUUUCUUUUUUAAAGGAGUCGAAAUGGCUGCAGAAUUGUAAAUAUAUUAUAUAGACCUACAAGUGCGAGAAUAUAAAAGAAUAAAUCGAAUUGUCUGAGGUAAGUUUUUAUAAAGUGAUGUGUAAGGAAGAUAAAUCAUUUUUUAAUGCAGUUUUGCAUGGAGAGUAAAGAAUUCCAACUCUAUGUUUGCCAUUUGAUGAUUUCAGGUGAAGAAAAGGGUCCUGCAUGGCGAGAGGUAAAUCCACUUGUGUCAGGUAACAGAGUUCUACAUGGUCUCAGAUCAAAGCUGGCUAACAGACCAUUGUUAUUUUGAUAGUGUUGAACACAUUGAGUUCAUGUGAAUUUUUAGGGGAUGCCAGGAUGGGGAAUGUAUUUUCAUGCUUUAUAUUGUUUAAAAAAUUAUCAUUUUUUAAAUAAUGUCCAAUUUUCUGCACAAAAGCCAAAAUGUUAAAAAAACAUAAUUUUGAUUUUAGUAAGUUCUUUUUACAUAUGUUCUGUAAUUAUUAGUUUUUAUAAAUGUUUGAGACUCACAGUUUUCACUAUUAUCUAUCAUUUAAUCUUUUUGCUAGUUGGCAAAGAUUAUUAAUAUAUUUCAUAUGUAAAUAUUCUUGUGCGUGGCUAUAGUGAAUGGCCCUAUAGGUAAUCAGCACAGAUUACCAUUGCACUAUGAGGGCUGCCUGUUAUUAAAUAUUCACACAUAAUCUGUAUAUAUUUUGAUAGUGUGAACCAUAGUUGCUGUAGGAUGUAUGUUUCAUUGUUUUAGUGAUGUUGAAAUGCUAAAAAUAAAAACUUCUAAACUUCUAUACACACUUGAAGGCUACUAACUAUACAGCUAUGUAUUUAUAAAUGUUUGAGAAACCAGAAACAGAUCUGAGGCUAAGAACCAAUCACUGUUCAGAAUCCUUAACACGUGCAACACCGAAUUUUUAAAUUAUGAAGAGCUAAGAUAUUAAGAGGAGAAAGUGGAGAAUGAUAAAUCAUAUUGAAAAUUUAGAAAAAAAAAUUAAUUUAAGCAAAUUUAUAGUGAAGGGUGAAAACGAAAAUUAUAUAGGUGUCUCUAAAUGAGUUGCAAAUAAGACAUAAAAUUUAUGGAUAGCUUUUAACUGGAUAACUACUCAAGUCCAGCAAAAUUAACCCCCUUUGAUAGCUGUGGUCAUUGUAGGAGAUUGGCUCUGCAAAUUGCAUUGAACGUAUGGACUCUACUAAUAUGAUAUUUAUGUAUAUAUAUGCACGGUUGCAUUUAUUAUUUAGUUGUUUAAUUUGACACCUUUUUUGUAAAAAUAAAUUUUAACAUUAAGUUUUUUUGAUGUCAAUAAUUAUUGAACAAUUUGUUGUUUACUAUAAAAGAAUAAAAAAGAAUAAAUAACAUUAAUUAUAAGUGCAACCUUUAAAUGUUCUUGUUCUUUGACUGGUUUACCAAUUCAGCUAGAAAUAAAAUAGUACACUAUUAUUAUUUUGUAUCUGUUUUGUUAAACACUUUAGACUGUAGUAUUCAACAUAUUUUACCCUAAUGAAAAUAUAUCCUGUAGCAGCCACGCACAGUCUUAACACACCUUUAAUGUGUAAAUAGUAACAAGUAAGUCAAACUAUGGAUAUUAUAAAAUUGAAACAGAAAUUUGACAUUUUGAUUGCUAUUCAAUAUUUAGUUCUAAAUGAAUUAGAUGUAAAUCAAAACAUUCUUGUAU